CAUAUGUUGGACAAUUCAAUGUAAGAAAAACAGUGCAGAUGCUCUUCCCCAGAAUUCAAGCAUGUCAGCCUCCAUGUUCAUAAUCCUCAUACCAAUUAUACUCUCCUUCAAUGCAAGAUUUGUUGAAGCACAGAGUGGGCAUCUUCCUCCAGAUGAAUUAAAUGCACUGAAAGAAAUAGCUAAUGAAGUGGGGAAGAAGGAUUGGGAUUUUAGACUAAAUCCUUGUGACAACAACUCAAAUUGGUUGACACCACAAAGGAACGAUACGCCUCUGUACAAUAAUACUCUCACUUGCAAUUGUAGCUUCCCCACUGGUAUUUGCCAUGUUCAAAGCAUAAUUUUGAAGGGACAGGAUCUGCAAGGUGUGCUUCCUCCUACCUUGGUGAAGUUACCCUUUCUCAAGAAAAUUAUUCUCACCCGCAACUACUUAAGCGGUACAAUUCCCCCUGAAUGGGCUUCUAUGAAAUUGGAAUAUAUAUCUCUUAAUGUGAAUCGAUUGUCGGGACCAAUUCCAAAAUACUUGGGAAAUAUAACAUCUCUUGUAUAUUUAGACUUGGACAAUAAUUUGUUCAAUGAAACCCUUCCACCAGAGCUUGGGAAACUUACCAACCUACAACAUCUCAUUCUUCGUGCUAAUUAUCUCACAGGUGAACUCCCAAAAGAACUUUAUGCUCUCGCAAAAUUAACGGAGUUGAGGAUCAGCAGGAAUAACUUCACUGGAAAACUGCCUAGCUUUCAAAGUUUGAAAAACCUUCAAAAACUAGAGGUUCAAGCAAGUGGUUUUGAAGGACCCAUACCUCAAAAUAUUUCUGCAUUGACAAGCUUAACAGAACUUAGAAUCAGUGACCUAAAUGGAGGUGUUUCCAGAUUUCCUACAUUUAACAACAUGACAGGCAUGGCAACUUUGAUGUUGAGGAGGUGUAAUAUUUCUGGGAAGAUACCUGAAUAUAUAGCUAAUAUGACAAGCUUGAGACAACUAGAUUUGAGUUUCAAUAAUCUAGAAGGUGGGAUUGAUGGUCUUCAAAGUCUUGAUGAUAAAGUGCAAUACAUGUAUCUAACGAAUAACUCCCUUAGUGGGAAAAUACCUCAAUGGGUUCUAAGUCGAGGUCCCCAUUAUUAUACAGAUCUUUCUUACAAUAAUUUUACGAAGAGCUCUGUGCCACCAAUUUGCAAUCGGGAAAGCCUAAACUUGUUCAAAAGCUAUAAUAAUGGAGGACAAAACGAAGAAGCUGCAAAGUGCUUACAACAAUGUACGAAGGAUUGGUAUUCAUUUCACAUCAAUUGUGGUGGAGGCAAUGUUUCGAUUGGUGACAUUACAUAUGACGCAGAUGAUGGUUCUACUAGCCUUGCGAAAUUUGUUUCCAAUAGAGAGAACUGGGUAUCCAGUAAUACAGGAUACUUUUUGGAUAGACAGAUAACACUAUCGGACUAUACGACAACAAAUAUAUCUGUCAUCAAGGGAAAAGACUCUGAAAUCUACAAGACGGCUCGUUUGUCUCCUUUAUCUCUAACGUAUCAAGGACGCUGUUUAGCAAAUGGAAUCUAUAAUGUGAAACUUCAUUUUGCGGAGAUAGUUUUGAGAGAUAAUAGAUCUUUUCAAAGUCUUGGAAGACGCUUAUUUGAUGUUUAUAUACAGGGAGAGAGGAAAUUGAAAGAUUUUGAUAUUAAAACCGAAGCACAAGGAGUUGAUAAACCAUUGGUUACAGAAUUUCAAGCAGUUGUUAGUGACAAAACUCUAGAGGUGCGCUUUGAGUAUGCUGAAAAAGGAACAACAAUAGUCCCACUUGCAGGAAAAUAUGGGCCUUUAGUAUCAGCAAUUUCUGUGCAAUCUGAUUUCAAGCCUCCCAAAAGUAGAAAGAAAUUAAUCAUAGUUGUUGCAGCAGUUUCUUCUUUGUUUCUUAUUUCUGCAAUUAUCUAUUUUGCUGGGUGGAAGAUCAUUUUAAGGAUCUUGGACUUAAUUAGAAAAAAGGGAUCACAGGAAAACGAACUAGGAGGCCUUGAUAUACAAAUUGGUCUAUUUACCUUUCAACAAAUUAAAGCCGCUACUAACAACUUUGAUGCUGCAAAUAAGAUUGGGGAAGGUGGUUUUGGGUCUGUUUACAAGGGUACAUUAUUGGAUGGUACAGUUAUUGCUGUGAAGCAACUCUCAUCCAAAUCAAGUCAAGGCAAUCGUGAAUUUUUGAAUGAAAUAAGCAUAAUAUCUUGUUUGCAACACCCUAAUCUUGUGAAACUUUAUGGGUGUUGUGCCGAGGGAAAGCAUUUGCUGCUAGUGUAUGAGUACUUGGAAAACAAUAGUCUUGCCCAUGCUCUUUUUGGUCGAGAAGAUUGUCCGUUGAAAUUAGAUUGGGCUACUAGACAAAGAAUUUGUGUCGGUAUUGCAAAAGGCUUAGCUUUCCUGCAUGAAGAAUCAGAAAUAAAGAUUGUUCAUAGAGACAUUAAAUCGACCAAUGUGCUUCUUGACAAAGAACUUAAUCCGAAAAUUUCUGACUUUGGUCUAGCUAAACAUGAUGAUAAUGAUGAUGAUGAUGAGAAGACACACAUUAGCACAAGAGUUGCUGGGACAGUAGGAUACAUGGCUCCUGAAUAUGCGUUGUGGGGCUACUUAACAUUCAAAGCUGAUGUCUAUAGUUUUGGAGUGGUGACUCUAGAAAUUGUUGUGGGGAAGAACAACGUGAAGUAUCGAUCCGAUGAUGAGAACUGCGUUUGCCUCCUUGAUUGGGCACUUGAUCUUCAAAAGAAAGGAAACCUAAUAGAGCUAAUGGAUCCAAAGCUGGGUUCUAAUUAUGACAAAGAAGGUGCACUCAGAAUGAUCAAAGUGGCUUUGCUUUGUACUAAUCCUUCUCCAGUCCUUAGGCCAUCCAUGUCUACAGUAGUCAAAAUGCUUGAAGGCCAUGAUGAUAUUCUUGAGUACAAAUCCGAUCUACAUGAAUUUAAUUUUCAAGCAAUGAGAGAUCGUUAUGAUGAAAUGAUAGUCAAUUCGCGUGAUUCUUCUAGCAAAGUAGGUUUUUCUUCAUCAUAUGCAAAUUAAAUAGUAGAAAUAUAUUAAUGCAUCCAAAAAAUACAAGAAAUAAUUGUACUUUAAAUUGUCUGAAUCACUGGUUGUGCUGCCAAGUAUCAUGGACCAACAUCUCAGAGUGAAGAUAACCUACAAAACGAUUACACUAUUCCAUGACCCUUCAAGGUUUAUAUGGCUUGAUCUGCCAAAGGAUUAUGUAAAGUAAAAGUGCUUGCAGAUUAUGCAAAGGGCUUGAUAAUUGUGUGGAAAGAAACAAACAGAAAAGGAUACCAAUUGUCCAUUAUUUUAGGGAGAUAAAUACAUUAUCUAUAUUGAAAAAAUGAUAGACCGGAUACUAGCU